CACUAUCUAUAUAACCCACUGAUAAUACUCUCUCCUUUCACGCAUUCUAUCUCUCACUUUUGGUUUCGUUUUUCUUUGGAUUCUACGCCGUUUCGUUCUUUCUUAAGUUUUGGUAGCCGUUGCUUGCUCUGUGACAGCGAUAUGACUACUACUCUCGGCUCAGGGGAAAACAAGACGAUCCUUUCUCCUCCCAUGGCUAAUAUAUUGAGCACGGCCUUGCCCUCGAGUUCUUCCCCAUUGUUGAUCCCAAAGGUCUCGCCUUUGAAGAGAAGGAGACCUCCCCACUUAGAUAUCCCUGACCUGAAACCUGUUCGAACUGAUUUCUCUAUAUUCAGAGACAGAUUCAGAGACUACGCUCAGGAGAACGACGCCGCAUGCUUCGGUGGUAACGGUUUUGGCGUUGUCUCGAGAAAGGGGAAGAAGAAGUUUAUGGAAGAUGGUCACAGAGUUGUUCCUUGUUUGGUUGGUAGCUCAAAAAAGGGUUUCUUUGGAGUUUAUGAUGGUCAUGGAGGUGGCAAAGCUGCGGAAUUUGUGGCUGAGAAUUUGCACAAGAAUGUUCUUGAGAUGAUGAAGAAUUGUAAGGACAAGGAGGAGAAAGUAGAAGCCUUUAAAGCUGCUUAUUUAAGGACCGAUCGUGAUUUCUUAGAACAGGGUGUUGUGAGUGGUGCCUGCUGUGUUACAGCUUUGAUACAAGAUCAAGAGAUGAUUGUCUCGAAUUUAGGAGAUUGUAGAGCUGUUUUGUGCAGAGGAGGCGUUGCUGAGGCUCUUACAACUGAUCACAAAGCAGGAAGGGAUGACGAAAAGGAAAGAAUUGAGAGUCAGGGAGGUUAUGUUGAUAUUCAUCGAGGGUCUUGGCGAGUUCAUGGGAUACUCGCGGUUUCCAGAAGCAUUGGAGAUGCACACUUAAAGAAGUGGGUGAUUGCUGAACCUGAUACAAGAAUACUUGAAUUGGAACAAGAUAUGGAGUUCCUUGUCUUAGCUUCUGAUGGACUUUGGGAUGUGGUGAGUAACCAAGAGGCGAUUGACACCGUGUUGCAAGUUCUAGCUCAGAGAAAGACGCCUGGAGAAAGUGAGGAGGAGAACUUGGUCCAGGGCCGUGUCAAUGUGAGCCCAUCUUCAAAAUUUCGUCGUGUUGCUCUGGUUAAGUCAUCAGUUCAAUCCCCCAGAUGUGCAAAAGCCAUAAGUUACUGCUGCAACUCUGAUAAUGAAUCACCCUCACCCCACAGUGAAAUCGGGAGUCUACCUUCCAAGUCACAAAAGAUCACACCGUUGAAUCGAAUAAAGAUGAAGUCCGAGUUUUCUUGGGCCAAGGCGGCUUGCAAAGAACUCGCAAGCCUGGCAGUGAGUAGAGGUAGUAUGGAUGAUAUUACAGUGGUGAUUAUCGAUCUCAACCACUACAAAUACUGAAAACUCUGACUAACUUUCUUUACAUAUAUGCUUGUAUUCUAGUGCUCCUUUGGAUACUUUGAUGGUUAUGUAGAUGCAUGUUGAUAAUGAUGAACC